AUGGGCGCCUAUCUCUAUGGGCGCAUAUCUCUAUGGGCGCCUAUCUCUACGGGCGCAUAUCUGUAUGGGCGCCUAUCUCUAGGGGCGCCUAUCUCUAGUGGCGCCUAUCUCUAUGGGCGCCUAUCUCUAGAGGCGCCUAUCUCUAUGGGCGCCUAUCUCUAUGGGCGCCUAUCUCAAUGGGCGCCUAUCUCUAUGGGUGCCUAUCUGUGCCUAUCUCUUUGGGCGCCUAUCUCUAUGGGCGCCUAUCUCUAUGGGCGCCUAUCCCUAUGGGUGCCUAUCUCUUUGGGCGCCUAUCUCUAUGGGCGCCUAUCUCUAGGGGCGCCUAUCUCUAUGGGCGCCUAUCUCUAUGGGCGCCUAUCUCUAUGGGCUCCUAUCUCUAUGGGUGCCUAUCUCUUUGGGCGCCUAUCUCUAUGGGCGCCUAUCUCUAGGGGCGCCUAUCUCUAG